AUGGAUUCCGAUCCAGGCGCACCCCAGCUUUCCGCUGUCCCCGUCGCUUGCGCGUCCAAGCGAGCUGUUUCCCCUGACCCCUGCGAAUCGUGGUCUGGGGCCGCGUCGUCGGACCUCGACGACGACGGCUUCACGACCGUGAGGAACGGGCGCAGGAAGAAGCAGCGUAGCUCAGACGCUCCUGCCUCCCAAGCGCCUUCUGCGCCGUCCGCGCCUUCCGCGCCUAAGCAAAACCCGCGGCUUCCCAGCCCGCGCCCGCUAGCUCGACGGAUUCGUCGCCACCGACCCAACCCAAGGGGCCUAAAAAGCCACCAAAGGUGCGUCAAGUGCCUCGGCGAGCACGGCACGUCUGAGUGCCCGCGUCCGAAAGAUAGGUCCCAGUGCACGGAGCCGCCUUCGUGCACCAACUGCCGGCAAUCUGGCCAUCCGGCCAUUACCGGGUGCCCACGGGCACCCAAAUACAAGUCCAAUUAUAGGACCAAUCAGGCCCCUAAGGCCAAGGCCCCUCAGGCCGAAAAAAUUGUUUUGGCCCCAGCCCCGACACGUAACCCGUGGUUUCCCGCCACGGUACGUGCCGACUCGCGUCCCCAGGCCCAGGGCGGUGGUUCUCCCGGAGGAUCUCCCGCCACCCCGGCCACAACACCAGCAGCGGCGGCCACUGUUCCCGCUCCCGUCCCAACGCCCUCGACCUCCAAGGCUACCUCUUCCAAGGUAGUCAAGUCGAAGGCUCCCGCACCAUCCAAACCCCAGGUGGCGGCGACUCCGUCGUCUAGCGGCGCGGCUUCUUCAUUCUCUCUGGUUUCCCCAGAGAUUAUCGAACUCCACGCGCUGAUCCACGACUGCUCGUCCAAAAUGAAG